AUGCAAGUCGUUUUUGCAUGCUUAUCUAGCCGUGCAAGUGGAGCUGACGUCCCCGCGUGUAGACUACGUCCGGGAUUUUGGUAUAGCAUUUUAAUGGUCUACGAAGGGCCGACAUCGACCCCUGUUCACGACCCGCAGCCACGACGCAGUUUUUCACGUCGUGCCCAACAUCAAGGCACGCCCCACACCUCCUCUUCCCCACCCCAAACCUCCUCGAUGCCCAACGUCCUCCAACGAGCACGAACCCGGUCCAAUCCCUCUCAAUCCGCACCUACGAACUCCAAACCACGAUCGGUAUCGACAUCGUCGUCCAACUCCCUGCCUCGUGUCCCCGUACCCGUGUCCCCACCUUCCAAUCCACCCGCCGUCCAUCCAGGAUACCAACAUCUGAACACCUCGAUUGGAAGCUUUCACAACCAAUCGAAGUCGGGCCUUGAUGCAGGAACUGUUUCGUCUAUUCAUAGUUCCGACAAUCAGUCGCGCGGUCGCGCGUCUAGUACGAGUUCUUCCGGACAUGGGCAGGGAGGGACGAGUGGGACGAUGAGGAGGAGUAGCUCGAGGAAACGACCGCCGACGCCAAUUGCGACUGGCGGCGAGAGGGGGCUGGGAGUCGCGAUCGACGCAGAACCCAUCCCCCUUCCCACGAAGGCGAAUCCAAACGCGGCGUCUGUCGCUUUCCCUGCUCCCACCCCUCCCUUUGCUUCCCAAGGACCGCACCAACACCCUCCGCCGACGCCCAGCCCCACGCUGAGUGCUCGCCCACCCCAUCUUUCGUCCCCUCCCGGCCUAGGAGAGGGUCGCACUGUUUCCUCGCCUCUCAGCUCCCAAUCUCGUCCGAAAUUACCUUCUUCGUCGACUUCUGGGCUUCAAGCAAUAGCACCGACGAUGACGCAGGGUAUGACGAGCAGCACGACGUCAGCAACGCCCUCGAGCCAACGGCGAAAGCCAUCAUUGGCAUCGCCGUUACCACCCACGCCGCUCGUUCCACCAGGUGUAUCUAGCACACCUAUGCGUUCCAAGUCGUUCGCAGCUUCGAAUUCGAGGACGCCACCUGCUCCUCUGAAUCUUUCGACUUCUGCGGCGCAUGCAGGCGGGGUUUCGGGUGCUGUUGGGGGUGCAGGUGCAGGUUCGGGCAAUGGUGCGGGUGCGGCAGGCUCAGGACAUGGACAUGGACACGUAAGGAGCCAUUACCAUAGCCUGCCGGGCCCGCAUUCGCCCAUGGGUGGCAGCAUGAUGUCGACGUCGCCCCAUACGUCUCGUCCGCCCAGUCGUCAUUCGCCCCACCCUUCGCACUCGCAACUGAACUCGCCGUACGCUGCGCAUGGACACCAACCACACUCGCAUUCGCCACUGCACCACCCGCAACCUCGCCCGCAUACAUCCUCCUCGCCGCACCCGCAUACAUCCCCUCAAAUCCAUACGCAGGCGCACCAUCAGCAACGUUCUUCGUUAUCCCUUUCCUCUUCGCCUUCAGGCCUCUUCCCACAGCCCCCUGCACUGUCUUCAUCGCCCACGAAUGUCCCAGACUCACCUUCCGCACGAGCGAUGAUGAAACGUCUCCUCGCGAAACCUGCGCCACCUUCAUCUGCGAGUGGUGGUAGUGUCGGUGGGACGCCAACCUCUGCCGCGAUGAACUUCGGUUCAUCGCCUGGCGGUGGUGGUGUUGGAUGGAUGAGUGCUACGAGUGGUUCAGAGUCGGAGGGUGCCUAUGGGUACUCGUACAGACGGAGAAAGGACCUCGGUCGGAUGUUUGGCGUGGGCGAUGGACGGAGCUCGCCUGCGCUCUGUUCGCCUGGAGGUGCGGGCGUUGGUCCGAUCUCGCCGAGUAUGGGUAUGGGGGUCGAUGCGGGACGGAGGCAGACGAAGGGAUGGAAGAGCGAGCCGGAGGACGUUGGUACUAGGAGGAGGGGAAGAGGAGGGUUGACGGGGGAGGAGAGAGAGCCGAAUAUCGCGGCCGGCAUCGAGUUCGAUAUGAACCUCGAGAGGCUAGACCGAGGUAUCGCGACGUUGGGAUUAGGAGUCAUUCGGGGCCCUGGUUACCCCACUGGAAGUGAUGGUGCUGAUGCAGCCUCGCCGCGAGAGAAGGAGAAGGAGAAGAAGACGAGGAACGUACUUCGUCGACGACCCUCUGCAAACGCCGGCCCACCCUCUUCGACCCAUUCUACCUCUUCAAACGCACCCGAACGUUCUGCAUCAGCGAAUGCCCUCUCCCAAAUUGCUCGAGCGCAAAUUCAGCAGCUCCAACAAGCUCAGCUCCAACCUCCGGCACCAACGGUGCUCUUACCUCCGACUUCGCCGCUAUCGCCUAUAUCUUUUUCUAUCGCCAAUCGUAACUCGCCAUCUCAACCCUCCCAACCAUCUUUUGAGAUGCUGCAGAUGCAAGGCUUACGUCCUCCUGUAGCUUCGUCGUCGAUGUCGAGAUCGAGCUCGCGUUCGCGUGAGGGUGAAGGUUCGGGACGGUCGAGGGGUAGCUCGCCUGUAAGAAGCCCGGUCGUUAGCACGAUACAUGGAUCUGGGCCUGGGUCGGGCUCUGCGACGCCCGUUGAGAGGAAGCGGUCGAGAGAGGAGAGGUUGGAGAGGAAGGGUUCGAAGGAUGGGAAAUUGGAGAGGAAGGGGUCGAAGGAGAGGGAGAAGGAGCGAGGUCUUCAACGGAAGUUGUCGAAGGACAGGAAGGACGGAAAUGAACGUACCAAGUCACUCACACCCGCCGCCUCGCUCAUCGAGCAGUACAAAGCCCGUCAAGCCACCCGCGAGGAAGAAGAGCGACGGGUACGGGAGGCACUCGAGCGCGAGGCGGAAGCCGAGCGGGCGAGAGAUCAAGAACGCUGGGAGAGAGAACGGGCGGUUGAGCGGGCGGCGGAGAGGGAGGAGAAGGAGCGGAUUAGGGCGUUGGAGCGAGAACGGGCGAUGGAGAGGAACGAGAGGGAAAGAAGGGCAGAUUGGGAGAGGGGUAUGGGACACCAGAGGAAGAGGUCGAGGAGCCACCCUGCUGCGUUCAGCUCGAUGUCGACUGCCCCAGUAACGACUAACACGUCGCCAUUUUCUUCCAACGGACAUGUCAAGGCGAAGACUAGUCUCAGCAAUUUCCAAGGGAGCUACGCAGGUACUAACUCGAUAUACACCCACCUCAACUCCAACAUCUCCAACUCCAAACGCCGAACAACGUCAGACCGUUUGGCACCAGAGCACGACGCUGAAGCAGAAGCGAGCGAUAGCGGCGUAUCCCACCUCCAACUCGCCCGUCGCGGUGGCACGCCUGCCCCAGAAGCUGUCCUCGGCGGUGGUCGCGGUUUUGAAAGUAUUGAACGGAUCGCAGGGCUAGAGGAGCAUGAACGUCGAGUAGAGGAAAUGGUACGAGGGUCGAACAGUGGUACGGUUGACAAGGACGACACGAAGCCCAACGCCAGUGAACGACGCUCGAGCCAGAAUCCCCCACGCGAAGGCAUGGAAGACCAGCCCGCCGGGCCCUAUUACACUGUGUUCGGGAGCACCUCGGGACGCGUCGUCGCCGUGGGCAGCGUCGAAGAUUCGUGGGAUGCCUACGGACGUCUGGGAUACUGGGAUUCUGGCACAUUCGGACGGAAGGGGGCUGGGAGUAUCAAGGAGAAGGAGAGGGAUCGACAGUCGGAGAAGGGCGAGAAGAGCAAGGGCCUAGGGAGGACGUUGAGCCGCAAAGUCUCCGAGCGGUGGCGCAGACCUGGCACUGGGAAUGCUGCUGGCCCCGUCGUCGUUCCUGCCAGCGUUAUGAGUGACGAUGGGCAUGGUUCGCACCGCGAGGACGUCGAGCGCGAACGCCAGGGCCUUUCGUUGGCUGGUCGUCUUCCUCGCGCGAGUAUGCAAGAACGGCGAGUUCCUGUUCGUCGCGAAGAGGACCUCGAGAUGGGGCAAGAGCGGCAGAAGAGGGAGAAGAUGAAGAAUCGCCGGUCCUUGCGCCUUUCUAUCGACAAAUUCUCGGACGUUGUGGAUAGAGAGGAGGAAAAGGAUGGUGUGCCUCUGACCAGAACGUUGUCAAAACAGAAGAGUGGAAGCGCGAUGAAGAACGAGGCGUCGAGUCCUGGCGGUGCUGGUGCUGGUCCGAGUCGACUCUGGAAACUCAUGCGGCGUAUCAGCGUCGGUGGGUUGAGAGAGAAGUACCAAGACCCGGAGGCACCUCCUGUGCCCGCUCUUCCUCAUCAUAUACGCGAAGCCACCCUUUCAAACGAUUCUCUCAAGCUUCCACCGCGCAAAGCUCCAUCCUCUGGCUCGACGUCACCUACCCCUGUUCGUCAAUCGCCCACCGCUGCAUCUUCGUCUCGACCUUCGCCGCCGCAGAGCAAGUCCAAUUCAGCUCCAGCACCGGUUCAACCACGGCCUAGCACCACCACUCGUUCUUCAUCACCCGUUUCAUCUUCCGACGUCGCCUCUUCGAAGUUUUUCAACCGUACACACUCAACACGUUCGUCAACGUCAUCCUUGGGCGAGGAGGUACCGCCGCCAGUGCCCAAAGCACCAUCGUCGGUGCUUAUGCAGAAGAUCAUCCCUCCUAGCAAGAUGGACGAGAUAAGCAAGGAGUACGGGGGUGCGUCGUCUCCCCCUACACUCCAAAUCCCCAUGCCCCCGUACCCUUCGUUGGAUGAUGAUUGGGCCAUCGUCGACACACCCGCCGUCGAGUUGCCGAGUCUCACUUUGCCCCCGAGACGACCUCAGCAAGGUUUCCUCGGCGUUGCUGGUUCGUCAUCCUCGUUGAAACCUCCGGCUGUCUCGCCGCUGGUACCUACCUCCGCAGGAACAGCUGCUUUUGGGAGGGACGAAGAGGAUGCGACGAAUCUUGGACGGUCAGAAUCACCUACGAUUCCGUUAUUUUCAACUAGGAACACGGUUGAUACUGGACCGGCGAAGAGGUUGUCAGCGAGCCUCUCCGCGAAAUCAAAGAGCUCGCCUAUCUCCCCACAUCCUCAAUCUCCUUCGUCAACGAACGCCUUCACUAUUCCAGUUCCAGUUCCAACAUCUCCUACCUCUCUUCCUCCGCCACCUCGACCUCUACGUAGUGCCCAGCGACCCCCACCUGGCUCAACGGCACCUCAUCCCACCACCACCGAACAGCCCGUCUCCGAACCCACACGCUCAUUCCCAUCCCCUUCUUCCUCAAUCAAACGCAAUCGCCGCUCCUCCGGCGGCACCAGUACCAUCAGCAAUGCCACCGCCCGUCCGCACCGACGUUCAAGAUCCAUCGGCAUGAGCCGUUCUUUCGACAUUUCGCGCUCUAACGCCCACCUCUCCUCGUCCUCCGCGUCCAUCAUCUCAAGCUACGCGUCUAUUCGGUCUGGGACGUCGACGCUCGACCUCGAGUCGGCGAUGGAGAUGGACCGUCGAGCGGCAUUCACGUUCCGCGAGCUUGGGUCGUCGGAUGGUGCGGGGAGGAGGGCGCUGACGGAGCAGGAGAAGGCGGCGAGGUGGGAUGAUUUGUUGGAGAGGAGUGAUAGGGCGGGUGGGACGUUGCAUUUGGGAGGAGAGGGGAGGUUGGCGUCGGAUCGGCUGAGGUUUUAG